ACGCGCCCCCUGCUCUGCUCCCUUUCAUCACUCGCCAAGAUGAGCUACGGAUCUGACUUCAAUUCCGCCUCUUCCUACCGAAAGAUUUUCGGGGAGUCUCCCCGUUACUCCAGCUCUCCAUCCCGGAUGAGCAAUGCCUCUUUACGCAGCGGCGGUUACCGGUCCCACUCUCAGUCCCGGAGCAUGGGCUCUAACCUGGGCUCCUCUUUCCACCAGAAGAGGUCCUCUGGCCGGUCCUACUCGCAGAUGCCCAUGCCGAUGGAGAACUUGGAUUUCGCCCAGAGCACGGUGCUCAACAAUGAGUUCAAAAUCAUCCGCACCAACGAGAAGGAGCAGAUGAUGGGGCUCAAUGACCGCUUUGCCAUGUUCAUCGACAAGGUUCGCAACUUGGAACAGCAGAACAAGGUGCUCGAGACCGAGCUGGUGACCCUGCGUCAGAGGCAGACGGAGCCCUCGCGCCUGGCUGACCUGUACCAGCAGGAGAUCCGCGAGCUGCGCUCCCAGCUCGAUGAGGUGAACGGCGAGAAGUCCCAGAUCCUCAUCGAGCGUGACAACAUCGAGGAGGACCUGCAGAAGCUCCGCGGCAAAUACGAUGACGAGUACCGCCUGCGGGAGGAAGCCGAGCAGACCCUCAAGGCGUUCAAGAAGGACGUGGACGACGCCACCAUGGUGCGUUUAGACCUGGAGAAGAAGGUAGAAUCCCUCCUCGACGAGAUCAACUUCAUGAGGAAGGUGCACGAGGAGGAGGUGGCCGAGCUCAUGAACAUGAUCCAAGCCGCCCAGGUGUCCGUGGAGAUGGAGGUCUCCAAACCUGACCUCACCUCUGCCCUGAAGGAGAUCCGAGGCCAGUACGAGUCCAUGGCCUCCAAGAACCUCCAGUCCGCCGAGGAGUGGUACAAGUCGAAGUUCGUUGACCUCAACGAGCAGGCCACCCGUAGCCAGGAGGCGAUGCGCGCCAGCCGGGAGGAACUCAACGAGUUCAGGAGGCAGCUCCAGUCCAAGACCAUCGAGAUCGAGAGUCAGAGGGGAACCAACGAGUCCCUGGAAAGGCAGCUCAACGAGAUGGAGGAGAGGCACAACCAGGAGAUUGGCCAGUACCAGGACAACAUGGCCGAGCUGGACAAUGACCUGAGGACCACUAAGAGCGAGAUGGCCCGUCACCUGCGGGAGUACCAGGACCUGUUGAAUGUCAAGAUGGCGCUGGAUAUUGAAAUUGCUGCAUACAGGAAACUCCUGGAAGGGGAAGAGACCCGCAUCAGCACAGGCAUCACCUACUCCAGCCCCAGCAUGAACAUGAGGUCCUCCGAGAUGAGGUCCUUCGGCAUGAGGUCCUCCGAGAUGAGGUCCUCCAACAUGAGGUCCUCCGACAUGACCUCCUCCGGCGACGUGGACUUGCCCAGCAUGGGCAGCUACAACCAGACCACCAGGUACACCACCAUCUCUGGAGGAUCCAAGAAGGACGAGGGAAAGGACCAGGAGGAUGGGCAGAGCAAGUCUGGCAAGGGGUCCAACGACGGAGACCAGAAGGAGUCCAGCGACGCCAACCCCACCAACCAGAAAAACUAGAAUCUCCCCUUCCCUUAGGUUUAACCUUCCACCUUCCAUCCCCUCCCUCCUACUCCCCAUCCCCCUCCCCCCCUUCACAGGGGUAUUCUCAGAGGGGAAUCCGUUAUAGUUUAGACUCUACUACUACUACUGUGUAACCUACCACUAUCCAACAACCAAUCACUGUACUUCUCUCCACUCUACUCUCUUACUAUGACAAUAACAAAGUAGUUACAGGCACACUUCUGGCCCUAUCAGGAGACACGUAGGUUAUUAUGGUGAUAGGAACAUACAGUUCAGUACAAUACUCCCAACAGUUUACUCUCACUUUGAGCUCGCGCUAUUGUAUGGCACUAGCCUGGUUUAACCAGACUGAAUGCUGUGCUCACUAGAAACAACAGUGAAACACAGCUAAAUCAGUUUGGGACGCCAGGCUAGUUUGGCACCGAGCUGUGAUAGAUGUCAUUCAGUUCAAGAAAUAAUCAUGCACCACUGCCACCGCCUAUGAUAAUAUUCUCUAUACACAUUCCAUGGGGGGGAGGGGGGGGGAUGUGUGCGCGAGAGUUUGAAUUUGUGCACGGAAAACAAAAAUCCAAUGCAUAUCAGCUUGUUAACUGUUGUUAAUACGUCUACUACAUCCACAUAACACAAUAUGAAUGAAAGCACUUGUAUGGUACGGAGGUGAGAGCUAGAGAUCGAUCAAGUUUGUUAAAGGAGCACACAGUUAUUCAAACUCAGCAGAAAACCAAAAAGAUCUGUGAUCUUGCUGAGCCAUUUUUGCCUUAUCUACAACGCAGACAAUAUUGCGAACUCUGAGUUUCAAUGCAAUGCAGAUAAAAUUCUUCUUCUUUUUUUCAGACAAAACAUCACGAGUAACAAAAUCAGAUUAUAUCUAAAAGGCUUGUUCGUACCCUGGUCUCGUCACUGUCAAUAGCAUCUGCCUUAUGAUCCCGGUCCACUCAAAUCUGCAUGACGACAUGACAACAGCGCGUUGUUUAAACCGCCACUCCUUCUACUCCAGAACCAGAGCUCAACCAACAAUGGUUCCAUCCAAAGCAGAAUUACUCUCCAAGAUUGCUCUUCGUGUCAAUUAAUCAAACUUCUAUAAAGGCCCAGUCCAGUCAGAAACGUGAUUUUCCGGUGUUUUAUAAAUGUUUACACACUGAGGUUGGAAUAAUUCAGUGAAAUUGUGAAAAUUAUGAUAAUGCCCUUUUAGUGUAAGCGCUGACUGCUGUUUGAAUAGACCGCCUGAAAUUUCAGCCUGAAAGUGAAACUAGCUAAUAAUCAAACUGUUAUUUGCAUGAUGUAUGUAGCAUAUCUCAAGCUUGCAUGGUGACAGAUUGUUAGAGGGCCAUACUUCAUUUUCACACACUCAUAACAUAUAGUAGGAAAUCAAUGGGAUACUAGGUUCCACACUUCAUUGCCAGUGUUUUACAUGCCAUGUACACAACACUCGUUUUAGAACAUGAGAUUGUACGUGCUUAGUUGGCCAGUAGGUUAGACUUGAGAUGAAUUCCAUCAUUUAGACAGGAUGUGACUUCGACACACGCUGCUGACAUUGUCCUCAGCUACACUGCUUGGCUCUUGUGUGAUGCUUCUGCGAAUGAUGAGGAUGUUCGUCAUGAUGAAGGUCAUAUUCAGGGCACUUAUAUAUCGAUCUAGAUGUGAUUUCAUUUUUACUGUCGAUCAGUUUGUGCAGGCCAUGACUGGUUACAAGAAAAGGGGCAAUGGGAGAAGUGGAAAGAAAAGUAGGAGGUGUGGGACUCUGAGAAACAGGGAGAAAGGAAAUUAAACAGAGAGGGAGAGAGAGAGAGCGAGAGAGCGAGAGAAGAUGAGCUACCUUUAAAUUCCCUUUCUCGCGACAGGCUCAAUCAAUCAAAUAGAGAAUGCGUAGAUAGCGAAUGACGUUUUAGCAUGAAUGCAUGGGAUUCUACAUGGUCCAAUAGGGUGUGACGGACAGAAUGGUAUGCAUAAACUCCAUUUCCCACGUUCCAUUGCGGACUCCUGAAGCCCGUUUGAAUUAACAGCGACGUCCAGCCUCCGAACAGUACCACAUCACGACACUACGCCUUAGGAACACAACAACUAACAAGCCAAACAAACAAGUAAACAAAAACAAACCAAUAGUCCAGAAAAAUGGACCGGACCAUGAUGCUUUUAAAGCACCAUGACCUCUGAAAAAUACGGCCAUGACGGAAUUAUUAUGUCUGUUGUAAAUGAUUAUGAAUGAUCUCACCAAUAGAAAUCUGUAUGUAAAGGAACUAGGCAGCCCUUUUGUUUCCUUCUUGUGCACUGUCCAGGUUUCAACACAACUACUUCUGUCUUCUUACCUCUGUAUCUUAGCUUGAGUGCCAGUCUAUUUCUGCUAUGUUGCCAACUCAUUGUCUGUCAUUGACAUAGAGUUGGCAAGAGAGCACAAACAAAUCUGGAAAUAGGCUACCUCUGUAUCUAUGUCUGUCUGACUUUCUGCCACGGCCCUCUAAGCCCUGACCGGCUGCACUCACUCACCCUGCGAAUGGAAACCACUGAUUGUACAACAAACUACAGAAAGCUGUUGAUUGGUGGAGAUGUGGUUGCCGUUGUUUUACACGAGGCUUGCGUUACUAAGUGUCUGAGUGUCUGGAGUUGUAUGUGUUUGUAUAUGUGGACAGUUUCCUAGGAUAACUCAUAGUGGGGAAUCAGGUUGGGAAAAUCAGAAAGUUUGGCCUACCGUUUCCUUAAUUCUUGAGCUCCAAUGUAAAGGAAAUUUACAAAGGAAAACUGGUUGCAAGUACAAGCACAGCUACAUCGACAAGUACAGAUACAAGUAGCCUUGUACACAACCACAGGUAUAAGUUUAGAAUAGCUAUGACUUCAACAUAAUCAAGAGGGUCAAAGGUUUCUAAAUACCAUUGCAACAAGCCUCUACAACAAACCUCACUACUACUACUGCAGCACUGCCAAACUUUUCUAAAAUGCAUGUGCGACAAAAACAACUUUUCGUGUACAAAAUAGAGCUGUUUUCGAAUACCCAUUGCCACGCAAAACCAAAACCGACAAAUAAUACAAAACAAAACAAGGAAUGAAUGCUAUAGUGUUGUCAAAAUGCCUUAAAACACCAGCCGCUUUCUAACUGAACGAAUCCUAAAUUGCACUUCAAGUUAAACUUCCACUUAGCCUCCCAUAGAUAUCAACGCAAGUGAAAAUAUGACUUACGUGGAAGUUGGGAUUCAUGUGCGUCUACGUGUGGUUAUGUUAAGGAUGUUUUAUUCUCAACCAUCUCUCUCUAGCGUUAAGAGCAUCAGCUACCAUGCUAAACUGAAUAACUGAAAACAUGUAAACGCUUAAUAUCUGAAUGUAGUUGAUAGACUAUGCUCUGACUCUGUACCUUACUGCUGAUGUAUGGCACACACCAAUAAAACUAGACGUGAUUAAGACCGUA